AAGUAAGUACACCUAAUAUGGCUGUCCCCAUCUCCAUGACGUGAAGUUGACCUCCGGAGAAAAGCUACCUGAAUUCGUCCUGAUUAGUGGUCAGACAUAGCACCCAGGCAUGUGUACAGACGAUCUAAUCUUCGCCAGCUAAACUACACGCUUCAUUGACUCAUCAACAGAUAGACAUGUUGAGGUGUCCUUGCAUGCGUGCACACAGGGCCUCUCUGCGACGCCUACAAGUGUCAUGGAGUUGGGCAGGGACAGGCCACAGUACUACAGUUUCACAUCAGGCUCCUUUCCAAAGAUCCCAGCAGCACAAUGCUGCUAACAGGCUCAAUAGAAAAGAGACUGAGAAUUUAGCUACAACUGAUCAAGAUUCUGUUACAAAGUACAGAAAAGAUGCCACCACAAGAAAAGACAAUUCAAAUUUAACAAGACCUGGUCAAGAUUCUAUUACAAAGUACAGAAAUGAUUCCACCAUAAGAAAAGGCAAUGAUGUCAAAUCGUCAGAGGAGAAUACUUUAGCUGAGUUUCCCAGAACUGUCACUGAGCUGGAGAAGUUUCUUAAACUAGACCGAGUAACAGUAGUGCAAUGUAUUAAGGACUUCACAGGAGAACAAACGGUUACAAAAGAUUUUGUUAUAGACAAAGAACUUGUGAAGAGAAUCAUAAAAAAUUAUGGACUAGAAAAAAAACUGCCUUCAGAUCUAAACUUACCAACACAAUCGGACUUGUUAAGUAAAAAGAAAGUGGAACCUAUUGAGACUCCUGUUGCAACUAGCCCUGCAAGUGGAUAUGUGGAACCCAUUGAAACUCCUAUGGCAACUAACCCUGCAAGUGGUUAUGUGGAACCCAUUGAGACUCCUGUGGCAACUAGCCACGCAAGUGGUGAUGCAAUGACAGACUACCUUAUGAGGCUGAAAAACAUUGUUAAAGAAAUGAACCUUCUAAGGUUUCCAAUAGCUAACAAGUUAAGUGUUACCAUGCCUUCUGCUGAAUCUAAUGGAAACACAGGUGCCUUAAAUAAAAAUAUUAUUGAAGACAUGAAGGCUAAAGCUAAAGAAAUGAAAGAAAAGACCCUGAGCAUGAAACAAAAUUUUAUUGCUAGUCAGACCAUGAAAGAAGACUUGAUUGCAAGGCGGACCAUGAAUGGUGAUUUUAUAGCUAGGCAGACCAUAAAAGAUGAUUUGAGAGCUAGUCAGACAAUGAAAGACGACUUGAGAGCUAGACAGACCAUGAAUGAAGAUUUUAUAGCUAGGCAGACCAUAAAAGAUGAUUUGAUACCUAAGAAGACCAUGAAAGAAGAUUUGAUAGAAAGGCAGACCAUGAAAAAAGACUUGAUUGCUACACAUGCCAAGUUUCCACAGGGUACAGUCAGCGUUUAUAGCUCACAGGCACUAGGGACCAUGCCUCAGUCCAUUUCAGAACUGUGUGAGAGACUUGGUGCAGGAAAAGCUGAAGUACUACGUCAGGUGCAGGAAAUAACUGGGGAAACUUUUAAAGAAGAUGAAAUUAUGGCUGACAAAGUUUUACUUUCAAGACUUCUAUGCCGGACUGCCAACGAGACAGGCGUUAAUAUGGAUUCCAGAUUCAAACCUUAUACUCCAAAAACCACGGGGAAAGAUGAGGUUGAACAAAUGUCUAGCAAUAAAAAUGAAAGUCACCAAACUAUAAUGCUUAAGGAACAAUUAAUACUUGAAAAUAAACCCGAAGCAGUGUCUGAAGUUGCAAGUAAAACUGCUGACCAAUCUGAAAAAUUUGCAGUUCAUGAAAAAACAGAAUUGAACAAUAAAUUCAAAACAGAAUUGCCUAAAACUGGUAAGAUGGCGGCUGAUAUAUCGUCAGAUAAUAAGUUUACUCAGGGAAGUGGCAGUUCAACUAGAAGUGAUCAUACGGCAAGCGUUGGUAAUGUUAAAAGCCGGGAAUUCAGAGAUUCUAAAGCUGAUAACAGAGCAAAAGUUGAUCACAUUAAAGGCAUAUUUGAAGUAACAGAUACUGAUCAUGAUAAAACAAAAAAAGUUUAUGACAUGAAAAACAAACCAGAAUCAUUACAUAUUGAGAAAGUCUUUAAAAUUCAAAAUGAAAAGGAUGUAAAGAGUUCUGUAAAAGAGACUUCUAAACAGGCGGAUAAUUUAAUAAAUGCUAGUCUUGCAGUAACAGCUGAACCUGUAAAGCUCAAGGAAGAAACACAAUCAGAAAGAGAAAACUGGAAACAAGGAAAAAACUACACACAACCGAAAAGAAAAAAUCAAGAAAGCUAUCUUAUUCAACAGAAGACAACAACAUUGCAUAGGGAGGCUGAUAAAAUAAGUCUUGUAACAGGUAAUAAAAAGGGAAAAGAGACUGAAAGUUUGAAAUCCUUGUUAAAGUCAUUCCCGAAAUCAGUACUCGAAAAAAGUCUUGAAACAGGUAAUGAAAAGGUGAAAGAGACUGAAAGUUUGAAAUCCUUCUUCAAGACAUUCCCGAAAUCAGUGAGUACUAAUGCAUUCCCGAAAUCAGUGAGUACUAAUGUUAGUGAAAUAAUUGCUCAGUUAUUUAGCGAUGAUUCACAGUCAUUAAAUGACAAAAGCAAAGUUCAGAGUCAUAAGCUUGAACUUAAAAAUAUACUCAAUAAGACGAAAGACAAUAAGAAGAAACCUAUUAGGGACAUUGUAAUGCCUCACAGUAAUGAGAAAGCUGAAACAUUGGACACCAAACCGAAAUCACUUAUAAAAAAGCCUACCAUAACGUCUAACUUUGUAUCAGAAUCAACAGACUUUAAUAUUGAUUUAUCAAUAUUUAAAACUGUUGAUUCAGAACAAAAUGUGCCAGAGUUUAAAAUUGAUUCAAUAUUUAAAACUGAUGGUUCAGAACAAAAUGUGCAUGGGUUUAAAAUUGAUCCAAUAUUUAAAACUGAUGAUUCAGAUCAAAAUGUUCUUGCUAAAUCUGUCCAUGUUGAGGAAAAACCUUCCUUUGAAGUAAAGGAAAAUCCUGCCUUUGAACUAGAUGAGCUUAAAGACACAUUUAGCAAACUUAAAGUAUUAAAAUCCAUGAUGGCACCAACUCCACAAACGACGAUGAUCAAGGGUACCAUAACACUGAAAGAUAUGCUUUAUGAUCCACAAUCAUAUAAGAAAGCACUUGAACAGGAUUAUGAUAAAGAAGUAACACAAUCUAGCAAGAUUGCAAGUAGGGUUAUCUCAUCAAGCAAAAAAAGCAAAGAGAAGAAAUCGGAGCUUGCGACUGGCCCAGUGUUCAUUCCUCGACCACCUGUGGUCACAAUCAUGGGCCAUGUUGACCAUGGAAAGACAACUCUGCUGGACGCAUUGAGAAACUCGCGAGUGGUGGACACAGAGUUCGGAGGCAUUACUCAGCACAUUGGAGCCUUCAAUGUUCCGUUAACCAGUGGCCAAUCCAUAACGUUCCUGGACACGCCCGGCCAUGCUGCUUUCUCUGCAAUGCGUUCCCGCGGGGCAUCAGUCACAGACAUCAUCGUGCUGGUGAUAGCGGCUGAGGAUGGAGUUAUGCCCCAGACGAUUGAAUCCAUCAAACUGGCACAAGCUUCUUAUGUUCCUAUGAUAGUGGCUAUCAACAAAAUUGACAGGCCCAACACCAAUGUGGAGGCAGUGAAGAACCUGCUGUCCCAGUAUGGAGUGGUGUGUGAGGAGUAUGGGGGAGAUGUGCAGGUUGUACCCAUCUCUGCACUCAAGGGAAUCAACCUAGAUAAGCUACAGGAAUGCAUUGUGAGCCUCGCUGAGUACCUGCAGCUAAAGGGCAAUGUUUCCUCCCUGGUGGAAGCACGUAUCAUAGAGACCCGUACUGACGUGGGGCGGGGCAAGAUGGCUACCAUGGUGAUCAAUAAAGGGGUGCUGAGAAAGGGGGACUACCUGCUGUCAGGAACCACGUACACCAAGGUGCGGUCACUGUUUGAUUGCAAUGGAGCUCAGAUGCAGGAGGCAGGGCCAGGUAUCCCCGUGGAGAUUGGAGGAUGGACGGAGCUACCCCAGACAGGAGACCUCGUGCAACAGUUUGCUACAGAGAAGCAACUUAAGCAGGCCUUGCUAGAAAAUGACGAGAUUGAGAAGGAACAGUUUGAAGCCAAGGCCAUGGAGAGCGCGUCGGAGAGGAGGGCUGCGGACCGCGAGACAUAUGUGCAGAUACGGGACAGGAGGCGUGCGGAAUACUUGCGCUGGUGGAACCAUGCCAAGAAAAAAAAGGUUGAAACUGAGAUAUUGGAGCAGAAGCAGAUGGCUAUGGCAGUGGAUAGUAGGCCAGUGAUCAGGAUCAUUAUCAAAGGUGAUGUCUCUGGAUCAGUGGAGGCGAUAGUGGACACUCUGGCGACCUUUACCUCUGACAUUUGUGACAUUGACAUUGUACAUCAUGGGGUUGGCAAUGUUACAGAGAUGGAUCUGCAAAUGGCCUCAGCAUUUAACGCUGAUAUCUAUGCGUUCCAACUGGAUCCUGUUGCGUGCAAGUCCAACAGCAAGGUGACAAUACAUCACUACAACAUUAUCUACCACCUGUUUGCGCAACUUGUGGAACACAUCAAUGCCCAACUGCCACCAACUGAGAAAGAGGAAAUCAUUGGUGAGGCGGUGGUGCAGCAGUCAUUUGAGAUCACAGUGAAGAAGGACAAGGUUCAGAUCGCUGGAUGUCGCUGCCAGACGGGCUCUCUCAUCAGGUCAAAACGGUUCCGGCUUAUACGAGGGGAGGAGGUGCUCUACGACGGUACACUGAGUUCUAUGAAGCACCACAAGGUGGAGGUGAAUGUCAUCAAGACAGACCAGGACUGUGGACUCUGUCUGGAUCCAGGUCUAGUCUGCGAGCCGGGAGACACCAUCGUUUGCUACGACAUGGUCAAAGUCAAACAGACAUUAGACUGGAAACCUCCUUUUGACUUGAAAACAGAUGACAUUCCUACAUAAUUAUCCCCUGCCAUAGGCGGAGGGAUAUUGUUUUGGUGUUGUCUGUCCAUCACUCCGGCACUUUUGUGUCCGCAGCCAUAUCUUGGAAGUGCUUUGGCGGAUUUCAUUGAAACUUGGUAUGAGUAUAUAUAUAUGGAUAAGAGGAUGAUGUUCGCCAAAUGGCAUUGUACACCAUCUGUUAAUAAUGGAGUUAUGGCCCUUUGUAUCUUGAACAAAUGUUCACUUUUGUGUCCAGAGCCAUAUCUUGGAAGUGCUUUGGUGGAUUUCAUUGAAACUUGGUAUGAGUAUAUAUAUGGAUAAGAGGAUGAGGCACGCAAAAUGGCAUUGUACAUCAUUUGUUAAUGAUGGAGUUAUGGCCCUUUGUAUCGUGAAAAAAUGCUUUUUAAUAUAGGCUUAGAGCUUUAUCUCCAUUCACACAUGAGCCAGAGCCAUGAAACUUGCCAUAGUUGUUCUUGAUCAUCUGGGUGUGCUUCACAUUCAACACCCAUAAUCCUAGGGGCUAAGGUCAAGGUCACACAUUGAGGUCAAAGGUCACAAAUUUGAUGAAUUAUUAUUUAGUCAUUCCUUUACUAUGCAUCAAGGGAUUCUGUAAUCACUGUCCACAAUUAUUAUCCAUUAUCUAGCUGAGUGACAAAUAUAAGAUCCAGGUUGCUAUGGUCAUGGUCAAAGUCACACACAAAGGCCAAAUUCACACAUUUUGAUUAAAUAUGCCUUAUUUGGUAAGGAUUCUACCAUACUAAAAUGGAUUCUCAAAAUGUCCUGAUGUAAUUGUACUCGAUUAUCAGGCACAACCAGUCACUUAUACCUUUUCUUUUAGUUUUACACCCAUCCAUAAACAAAAUUUAUUUGGCGGGUAUAUCAAUUCAACGAAUUUGCUUGUUAUUAAGUGGUACCACAAGCUCGAAACGUCUGUUUCCUUAUAGUCAAGAUCAAACAGAAGGAAGAUUUGUAUUUAGUAAACUGCCUGUAACACCUGCUACAACAUGCUUAUACCUAUUCAUAAAAGGUGUUUAAGCACAUACUUAAAUCUUCUGUUAGACAUGUUAAGGUAAAGGCAGAAGUUUUUUUAGUUUAUUUCCAAAAUAAUCGCAUGAACUGUUGAUACAAAUUCAAAAUAUCAAUAUCGAAAAAAAAGGGUAUGACCUAAAGUUCUAGCAACGUUAUGAGAAGCUUUUCCCUGUUCUGAUAUUUAGGUUACAUGUUAGUGACGAUAACGUGAUUUUGUAAAGCUCUAUGUUAUAUAGUCAAAAGCGCAUUUGACAUAAGAGAAAAUAAUGUGCAAGUAGAACAAUCAAAGAAAAUCAAAAUGUGUAAAGGAUUGAAAAUAAGACUCUUUCACAAACAGUGAGGCUGUCAAGCCUAUGAAAAUAGAGAUGAGGUCUGAAAUUGUUUUGACUAUGCACUGUACCGUGACAAUAUGUAUGAUACAUCUAUUUCUUAGUCAGUAUGUAUGUUUUAAGUCUGUGUUUGUGUAGAUUAAUAUUUAAAUAUAAGAUUGGAUAUCACUUAUACUUGAUUUUUUAGUGGCAAAUUGUAACUUGGAUUGUUUAUUAUAAAAAGAAUGUUCAAAACAUGUUUUUGAUUGUAUAUUUAACUUGGAUAUAUGGAUUUGUUUGGAAUUCAAUAAACCUUGUGAUACAUUUCA